AUGGAUCAAAUUUAAAAUUACUAAAUGUUAGGUUAUAAUUAAAAUGAAUUAUUUAUCAUGAAACAUUAUAACUAAAAAUGCAACUUACAUAAUCAAAGGUUGGAUAUCUUGAAAGUAGAUAACUACUCUAACCAACAAAUGCUCAAGUGCAUAUAUUGUCUUUCAGAACAAACCUUUAAAUUUCUUCCUCUGAAAUAAGUACUUGAUAGUAACUAAUCAACAUUAUUUAAAGGAUGGCCCAUAUUAGAUGACACUGAGAUCUAUGAGUAGCUUAUGGUAAUACCUAAAAAAGAGGAAUUAAUAAAGUAAAGUAUUCAAAAUGUUUAAGUUUUCUACAAGCUUUUAAGAGAUGAAAUUAAUUUACUGAUUGACAAGAAAGAAAAAGAUUCAUUAAUAAAUAUAGAAAUGAGAUACGAUAGCUUUGAAUAUCCAUGGGAUUUAUACAAUAGAAUUUGCUAAAAAGAAAAACUUAAAGAUAUCAUACUUAAUUAAUACCAAGAUUUUAUUAAUUAAAAUUAGGCAUUUUCUUUAAUUGUAAAAGAAAACAUUGAAAAACAAAAAGUUUAUAAGGAGUAAAUGCUUAAUUCUCUUAGAACAAUUUAAAGUUAUAAAGUAGAUUUGGUAUCUCAAAAUUAAAUAAAGGAUUUAAUUGUUCAGCUUAUCAAUUAAAUUAACGAUUUUUCAAUAGCUUAAGAAAAUAGGAAUAUGUUGUAGGUUUCACAAAAUUCACAGGUCUAAGGAAAUUAAUUAGAUUAAAACAAAAAAAUUUAAAUAUUCUCACUUGAAGAUCUUAGCAAUAUUUAAAAUUUCUAAAAUAUAGAAAUUUAUUUAAGCAACAAAAAUAUUCAAGAUGAAUAACUUAAAUAAAUAGCUGGUGCUUUAGAAAAGUGUUAGAAUAUUUCAAGUCUAAUUUUAAAUUUAAGUGAGAAUAAUUUUAAAUUAGAAGGUGUUUAAUAUAUUGCUACAUCUUUACAAAAAUGUCAUCAAAUAAAUAGUUUAGAACUAUAUUUAAAUAACAAUAAUUUAAAAUUAGAAGGUGCUAAAUAUAUUGCUACAUCUUUAGAAAAACUUCAUAAAAUGAACAGUCUAAAGCUAUAUCUAAA